CGCGCUGACUCGGCUGCUGACGGUGUUCGUGCCGGCCCGGUCGGGCUAGCGGCGGAGAGCGGGCGACGGCGAGAGCGACUCCCUCAUCUGACGUUGCGGCCGCGGCCACCGCCGGCCAGGGGCACGGAAGGCGUGCUGCCCGCGACGUCCGCCAGGCUCUCCGGGUCCUCCGGGGGUCGGGCAGCGAUGGAGCCGAGGCCUACGGCGCCCUCCUCCGGCGCCCGGAGGCUGGCCGGGGUCGGGGAGACGCCGCCAGCCGCUCCGCUGGCUGCCUCUGGGGUGGACCUGCCCGGCACGGCUGUGUCCUCGAUGCCGGAGGAUGCUGCGGCCGCUAGUUUGGGCGGCGGCGGGGUUCGCGGUGAGGGCGGCGCGGCGGCCGGGGACGGGCUGGGCAGACCCUUGGGGCCCACACCGAGCCAGAGCCGCUUCCAGGUGGACCUGGUUUCCGAGAACGCGGGGCGGGCUGCCGCGGCGGCGGCAGCGGCCGGUGCGGCGGGGAGCAAGGAGACCCCCACGGGCGGGAAAGUUAGCGGCGAAAGCGGGCCGGCCAAAGGCAGCGAGGAAGCCAAGGGCCGCUUCCGUGUGAACUUCGUGGACCCGGCUGCUUCCUCGGCGGACGAGAGCCUGUCGGAUGCGGCAGGGGUCGGAGGCGAGGGGCCCAACGUGAGCUUCCAGAACGGCGGGGACACAGUGCUGAGCGAGGGUAGCAGCCUGCACUCGGGCGGCGGCGGCAGCGGGCACCACCAGCAUUACUACUAUGACACCCACACCAACACCUACUACCUGCGCACCUUUGGGCACAACACCAUGGACGCCGUGCCCAGGAUCGACUACUACCGGCACACAGCCGCGCAGCUGGGCGAGAAGUUGCUCCGGCCCAGCCUAGCGGAACUCCACGAUGAGCUGGAAAAGGAACCUUUUGAGGAUGGCUUUGCAAAUGGGGAAGAAAGUACUCCUGCCAGAGAUGCUGUGGUCACAUAUACGGCGGAAAGUAAAGGAGUUGUGAAGUUUGGCUGGAUCAAGGGUGUAUUAGUACGUUGUAUGUUAAACAUCUGGGGUGUGAUGCUCUUCAUUAGACUGUCAUGGAUUGUAGGUCAAGCUGGAAUAGGUCUGUCAGUCCUUGUAAUAAUGAUGGCCACUGUUGUGACAACUAUCACGGGUUUAUCUACUUCUGCCAUAGCCACGAAUGGAUUUGUACGAGGAGGAGGAGCAUAUUACUUGAUAUCUAGAAGCCUAGGGCCAGAGUUUGGUGGUGCAAUUGGCCUCAUCUUCGCUUUUGCCAACGCUGUUGCAGUUGCUAUGUAUGUGGUUGGAUUUGCAGAAACUGUGGUGGAGUUGCUUAAGGAACAUUCCUUACUUAUGAUAGAUGAACUCAAUGAUAUCCGAAUUAUUGGAGCCAUUACAGUGGUGAUCCUUUUAGGUAUCUCAGUGGCUGGAAUGGAGUGGGAAGCAAAAGCUCAGAUUGUUCUUUUGGUGAUUCUGCUACUUGCCAUUGCUGAUUUCAUCAUAGGAACAUUUAUCCCAUUGGAGAGCAAGAAGCCCAAAGGUUUCUUUAGUUAUAAACCUGAAAUAUUUAAUGAGAACUUUGGACCAGAUUUUCGAGAGGAAGAGACUUUUUUUUCUGUCUUUGCCAUCUUUUUUCCUGCUGCAACUGGUAUUCUGGCUGGAGCAAAUAUCUCAGGUGAUCUUGCAGAUCCUCAGUCAGCCAUACCCAAAGGAACACUCUUAGCCAUUUUAAUUACUACAGUGGUUUACGUAGGAAUUGCAGUAUCUGUAGGAGCUUGUGUUGUUCGGGAUGCCACCGGGAACAUUAAUGACACUAUUGUCACAGAGCUAACAAACUGUACUUCUGCAGCCUGCAAAUUAAACUUUGACUUUUCUUAUUGUGAAAGCAAUCCUUGUUCCUAUGGCCUAAUGAACAACUUCCAGGUAAUGAGCAUGGUGUCAGGAUUUGCACCAUUAAUUUCUGCAGGUAUCUUUUCAGCCACUCUUUCUUCUGCGUUAGCAUCCCUUGUGAGUGCUCCCAAAAUAUUUCAGGCUUUAUGUAAAGACAACAUCUACCCAGCUUUCCAGAUGUUUGCUAAAGGUUAUGGGAAAAACAAUGAACCUCUUCGUGGCUACAUCUUAACAUUCUUAAUUGCACUUGGAUUCAUCUUAAUUGCUGAACUGAAUGUUAUUGCUCCAAUUAUCUCUAACUUCUUCCUUGCAUCCUAUGCACUGAUCAAUUUUUCAGUAUUCCAUGCAUCACUUGCAAAAUCUCCAGGAUGGCGGCCAGCAUUCAAAUACUACAACAUGUGGAUCUCACUCAUUGGAGCAAUUCUUUGUUGCAUAGUGAUGUUUGUCAUUAACUGGUGGGCUGCAUUGCUAACGUAUGUGAUAGUCUUGGGACUGUAUAUUUAUGUUACCUACAAAAAACCAGAUGUGAACUGGGGAUCCUCUACACAAGCCCUGACUUACCUGAAUGCACUGCAGCACUCGAUCCGUCUUUCUGGAGUGGAAGACCAUGUGAAAAACUUUAGGCCACAGUGUCUUGUUAUGACAGGUGCUCCAAACUCACGCCCAGCUUUACUUCAUCUUGUUCAUGAUUUCACAAAAAAUGUUGGUUUGAUGAUCUGUGGUCAUGUACAUAUGGGCCCUCGAAGACAAGCCAUGAAAGAGAUGUCCAUUGACCAAGCUAAAUAUCAGCGAUGGCUUAUUAAAAAUAAAAUGAAAGCUUUUUAUGCUCCUGUACAUGCAGAUGACCUGAGAGAAGGUGCACAGUAUUUGAUGCAGGCUGCUGGUCUUGGGCGUAUGAAACCAAACACACUUGUCCUUGGAUUUAAGAAAGAUUGGUUGCAAGCAGAUAAGAGGGAAGUGGAUAUGUAUAUAAAUGUAUUCCAUGAUGCCUUUGACAUACAAUAUGGAGUGGUGGUUAUCCGCCUAAAAGAGGGUCUGGAUAUAUCUCAUCUUCAAGGACAAGAAGAAUUACUGUCAUCACAAGAGAAAUCUCCUGGUAUGAAGGAUGUGGUACUAAGUAUGGAGUAUAGUAAGAAAUCAGAUUUAGAUACUUCCAAACCAUCUGGUGAAAAAACUGUUACACAUAAAGAUGAGGAAGAGGAUGGCAAGACUCCAACUCAACCACUGUUGAAAAAAGAAUCCAAAGGCCCUGCUGUGCCUUUAAAUGUAGCUGAUCAAAAGCUUCUUGAGGCCAGUACACAGUUUCAGAAAAAACAAGGAAAGAAGACUAUUGACGUCUGGUGGCUUUUUGAUGAUGGAGGUUUGACCUUAUUGAUACCUUAUCUUCUGACUACCAAGAAAAAGUGGAAAGAUUGUAAGAUCAGAGUAUUCAUUGGUGGAAAAAUAAACAGAAUAGACCAUGACCGGAGAGCGAUGGCUACUUUGCUUAGCAAGUUCCGGAUAGACUUCUCCGAUAUCAUGGUCCUGGGAGAUAUUAAUACUAAACCAAAGAAAGAAAAUAUUGUAGCUUUUGAUGAAAUGAUUGAGCCAUACAGACUUCAUGAAGAUGAUAAAGAACAAGAUAUUGCAGAUAAAAUGAAAGAAGAUGAACCAUGGCGAAUAACAGAUAAUGAGCUUGAACUUUAUAAGACCAAGACACACCGGCAGAUCAGGUUAAAUGAAUUAUUAAAGGAACAUUCAAGCACAGCUAAUAUCAUUGUCAUGAGUCUCCCAGUUGCACGAAAAGGUGCUGUGUCUAGCGCUCUCUAUAUGGCAUGGUUAGAAGUGCUCUCUAAGGACCUACCACCAAUUCUCCUAGUCCGUGGGAAUCAUCAGAGCGUCCUUACCUUCUAUUCUUAAAUGUGCUACACAGUGGACAACUCUUCAGAUGGUACUUCAGUGCCUAGUGCAGUAACUGAAAUCUUCAGUGACACGUUAACAUCACAAUGGCGAACUGUGACUUUUCUCUCACUAUUUCAUUAAUUUGAAAGCACACCGGAAGUUGCUCCAUUGGUCUGUGCAUGGAGACUUCAGUUUUAGUCAAUAAUGUGUCUCAAUCUUAAUAAUUCCUUGUUGGACUGAAGCUCAUGAGCGUCAGGUUUUCCUUUGCUACUUGAAUAGCAAUAAAAGUGUGUUAUUUUUUGAUUGAUGAAAGGAGUACAAAAAGCCUUUAGCCUUGAGGUGCCUUCUGAAAAAUAACCAAAUUUCAUCCAUAUAUACUCUUUUAUAAAUUUAUAGAAUGUCAAACUUUGCCUUCAGCUAUUUUUAUUUCUAGUCUCUUCCACCUUAAAAUAAAAUGGACACUGCUUUUCUUCCAUUGACCAAUUAGUGUUGAGUACUGUAUGUUUUCUAUCAUUUUUGUAAAGGUAUAUGUUAGAUAUGAAAGGUGAGAAUUAGGGCAACUUAAUGAAAAAUGCAAAAAAAAAAAAAAAAUGGGAACCAAAAAGUGACCCCAAGUUUAGGUUCGUAUGAGUAUGUAUAAAUGUAGCUCUAAGGAAAAAAGGCCCAAUAAACCUUUUUGUUGUUGUUGUUAAACUUCUCAGUGGCUCUUUUUAUCUUUAUUUGAUUAUUUCUUGAAACCUUAGUGAAUGUUGAAGAUUUAUCCAGUACUUCUAUAUACCAUGCUGAAAAAACAUAUAUUGCCAUUCUUUAAUGGCAAAAAUCAUUAAGAUCAUUUAUAUUUAUUAGAAGAGAGAUCUGUCCUAAGUUAAGAGUUUUCCUCAAAUCUGAGGGACUUUUAAGAAAUGCUAAAAAAAAAAUUUGGAGGAAAAUUAUACAAAGCUAUGCCACUUCAUAGAAUAUUUCAAUAAACACUACAUGGAAUUUCACUAUAUUCUUUUUAAAUCAUUAAAAUAAGGUCUCAUCAAAUGGUUAAAUGGACCACUGGUUUCUCAGUGAAAUGUUUUUAGGCUUAAUUCAUUCAGUUGUCAAGUACGCUUAGUCUUAAUUAAUAUACUCAGGUUUGAACAGAUUAUUCUGAACAUUUAAAUUUAAUCCAUUCUUAAUACUUUAAGACUUUUGUGUUAAGAAAAACUGCCACUUUAUGCUUUUGAAAUGUCUGUUUUGACAUCAUCGUCUACUAGUACAAAUUUGACAGUGCAUAUGUACUGUUACUACAAGCUUUAUAUAGUUAUUAAUGUGAAGUUUUUCAUUUUUUAUUCAAGGAAGGAUUUCCUAAAAACAUUUCAAGGGAUAUAUAUCUACAUAUCUGUGUGUGUAUAUGUAUAUGUGUAUGUGUAUACAUUCACAGAUGCAUGUGUAUAUAUACAGAGGGUGCCAAAAACCAUGUAUACACAUUUUAAGAAAGGAAAAUCUAUUAAAAUUGUAAUACUCAAUAUUUACCAAUAACAAAAGAUGACUAUAAGUCAUGUAUAUACAUUUUUUUGGCACCCCUGGUAUAUAAUGACAUUUAUGUUGCUGGUUUUGCAUUUUACCGUGUUUCCCUGGAAAUAAGACCUAGAAAUAAGACCGGGUCUUAUAUUAAUUUUUGUUUCAAAAGACACAUUAGAGCUGAUUGUCCGGCUAGGUCUUAUUUUCGGGGAAACACAGUAAGUGAUCAAGACUCAUUAAAGUUUUUUUGUUUUAGAAAACGUUAAGUUCAAAAUUAGAUGGAAAGCAACAGGUUUCCUGGAGAACAAGGGUGUUCAUUUGAAGAGCAUGUAACAAAGCAGUUAUCCAGUUAGAAAAUGGGGAACAUUUUAUCUAAAGUGCUGUUCAGUGGGUUCCUUGGUAUGUUUCAGUGGUGAAGAAUUUAUGCAGGUUUUCAUGAAUCAAGAUAGAAAGCUAUAAAAUUACUACUGUUGUCAAUAGUGCAGUAUUUUUGCUGCAGGAGUAUGAACUAAAUUUAAAUAUGGAGACCUGAUAAUUUUGAAUUCAGAAUAAUGAAACAAGUUUUUUUGUUAUUUUUUUUCUACAUUAUAAUUCACAGCAUUGUUCCAUUUAUUGCAGGUUUUGUAGUGU